AUGGCUGCAACAAAGUUUUGUGGACCGAAGGCUUUCGCGACUUUCUUUCACGUUGAAAUUCUCCUGCGUCUGUUUUGCGCGCUAUUUCCGGUGACAGGAGAUCUUUUAAAGACCUGCGGCGAUGAUUACACAGGUGAUGGAGGUAGAUUCAAGAUGGAAUUGGAAGCCUCUACUUCCAGGGUGACUGAGCAGCCCUAUUUAGGACUCACACUGCUCACCUCAAAUGAGGAGAGGCCUAGAAAAGGCAUAUUCCUUAGCGGUCAAAAACAAAAAUUGACUUGUGAACUUAUUCGAUUUGUGACCUGGAACGUUCGAACGCUUUUGGGCCGAACUAUUACCGAACGACCUGCGCGGCGCACCGCUCUUAUUGCUCUUAAGCUGGGCAGAUAUCAAAUCGACAUUGCUGCUCUCUCUGAAACCCGUCUGCCGGACGAAGGAUCUCCAGUUGAAAUGGAGGCAGGAUACACAUUCUUUUAG